AGUACUAAAUGAUAACAGCUUCUUCGAACCCAUCUCGAGGUGCAGCUGAUCAUUCCGUUUUGCCUUCCCGCUCAAUUUUAGUUUAUGGCUGUGCCGCAAAUGAAAAGGUAGACAUGAGGGUACUUUGAGAGAAGAGAAAAAACUUGAAAGAGGGCAAAAAUGAGGAUAGGUGACGUUUAAAAUGAAAUUUAUGUCAUAUCUAAUGUGAAUCCGGAACCGUGUAUGUGUAAUUACAUAUUGCAAAUAACUAUUUCAAUUAUGAAUUCUAAAAUAAAGUGUUUGGUCUUGGACGAGGCUCACAGGGUAAUGCAGAUGAAGAUUAUCAGCUAGUCACUUUUGAAACAUCCACUUUUUUUUAAUGGACCUUGGAGACUGCAGGCAGCUGAAAAUCAUGAUUUCAUUCGAAUGACUUACGACCAUUUCAGGGCAGCCCAUACAGUAGCGGAAGUCAACCCAAAGCCACCAAACUGGAGCUACUUUCAUAAUCCAGGUUCAGAGCCUUUGCGAGCUGUAACAGUCGGUAAUCUUCUUGAAGAGGCAGUCAACAAAUUUGGAGACGCAGAGGCAUUGGUCUCACUCGCUCAGAAUAGGAGACUUACAUUUCAGCAAGCUAAAACGAAGGUAGAUCAACUAGCUGCGGGAUUAAUUGCACUGGGGUUGAAUCCAGGUGAUCGAGUGGGUCUGAUGGAGCCUAAUUCAGAAGAAUGGUACAUUUCGUUCCUGGCCGGGGCAAAAGCCGGUGUAAUCGUAAUGAACUUGAAUCCUGCAAACUUGUCGAAGGAAAUCGCGCACAGCUUGCAGCUAACGGGAGCUCGGGCCUUGAUAACACGGGAUACAUUCCUAGCUCAAAAUUAUUACGAUUCGUUGGUUUCGAUCAUGCCUGAAUUGGAGAGAGCUCCCACUGCCUCACCUGUCCGAGUAAAGGACUUCCCGGAGUUUUCUCACCUCAUCAUGAACACAGACCAAAAUUUACCAGGCACUUUCCGACUUCAGGAUAUUUACUCAUUGGCGAACAAAGACUCUAAAAACAGGCUAGAAGAACUGGCAAAAGUGAUCCAACCGGACGAUGCCUGCAAUAUUCAAUUUACCUCUGGCACAACUGGACUACCAAAGGCCGCUGCGCUGACUCAUUUUAGCACCCUGAAUAACGCAUACUUUGUGGGGAAAAGGCUUGCUUACGACAAAAAGAGACCCAAUAUUUGUUGUUCCGUUCCAUUUUUUCAUGCUUAUGGUUUAGCUGCAGGAGUGCUGACCGGCCUCCACUUUGGAGGAACUUGCGUGCUGCCAAGUCCAAGUUACAGCUCUACCCUUACAAUUGAAGCAAUCGCAAAAGAACAAUGUAAUGCUUUGUAUGGAACACCAACAAUGCAUUUAGAUAUCUGCUCACUAGCUGAACAAAGUAAGGAAUCUUCAUGGAAAGAUAAUCUAGAUAUAAUUUUGACGGGUGGAUCGCUGCUCUUGCCCAAAGUUUAUGAUAGGAUACACAGUAUUUUUCCCUCGACCAACAUUUAUUCAGCAUACGGAAUGACGGAGACUAGUCCAUGUUUGUUUCUAAGCCGACUGACGGACACAGAAGACCAAAAGAAACACACAGUUGGGUUUGUACAGGAUCAUGUUGAGGUGAAAAUUGUUGAUAGAGCUGGAAAAAUGGUACCGUUUGGUUCACCGGGAGAACUCUGGUGCAGAGGAUAUGUGAAAAUGCUGGGUUACUACAACCAGGACUCUAAAACAGCGGAAAUGAUCGGAAAAGAUGCAUGGAUAAAAACUGGAGAUGAAGCGCUCUUAUCCGAGGACGGUUACGCACAAAUUGUCGGCAGAAUCAAAGAUUUAAUAAUAAGAGGUGGUGAAAAUAUAUCUCCGAAAGAGGUCGAAGAUUUGUUACAAGCUCAUCCAGAUAUUUUUGAGGCACAGGUGUUUGGGGUCACAGAUGAACGACUAGGCGAAGUCGUUGGAGCAGCACUAAUACUAAGGCCAGGAAAAUCAAUUACAGCGGAUGAAGUAAAAACAUUUUGUCAAGGAAAAAUUUCACAAUUUAAGGUUCCGAAAUAUGUACAAUUUCUACCCGAAUUUCCUAAAACAGGCUCGGGAAAAAUUAAGAAACACAUCCUCAAAGAAUCAAUGGAAAAAGCUUUACAGGCGGGAGAUCUCUGACCAGAAAAAGUCUCUGCGGUUCUCAUUUGCAACAGAAUUAAGCUCGUUCAACAAUCUGUUCAUCUCAAGACGGAGAUGUACCAAACAAUCAUGCCUGUAACGAUACUCAAGUCCGUUGAUCGAAAUGAUGAUUUUUAUGACUACCUCGAUUGGUGAUCUCUGACGUUUGAGAGUAUUGCCAUUUAUUACAAUCCAGAGCGCAAGCUAAGAUUACGCUUCAGAAGUCCUACCUCCUACAUGCAUUUUAGGGUAGUAAAAUUUACCGUCUAUUCUGCCGUGCUAAGGAAGAACGCCGU